UCCGGCUUCACAAAGUUCUCGUUCAAAACAUUCGUCGAAGAGAAACACGAACAGUUGAACGUCGACGACUACGUGAACCGGAGUAAACGGGUUUAAACGCGCGACUUUUGUUUUUUUUUUUUUUGAAAAAUUUGUGGCGGGAAUUUCUUGGUGGAUAUUUUUGUUUGUUUUGUUUUUGAGUUUCCAGAACGUUGUAUGUUAAUAAGAUGAUCAUCCGGUGGCCCCUAUUAGGCGUAUGGCUGUCCUGUUUGGCAACGGUUUAUUGCAGACACAAAGAUCUGGGCCUGGAAACCCACUCGAAAUGCCCGAUGUUGACCGAAUGCCCUUUUAGGGCCGAACCUUGCCAGGAGGACGACGAUUGCUCUCCAGAUGCCGUUUGUUGUAAAAGUCCCUGCGGGAAGGUCUGCACCAAACAGCUAUUUACCGGUUGUCAAACGCUUCGGAUGGCCGCAUCCAGACGCGCGAAAUCGUUGGGUGUGGAACCGAAAUCGGUCCGGAUGCCCCGUUGCAAUAAACAGGGGGGAUUCGAGGAGAUCCAGUGCGACAACGAGAUCGUCAGCUCGUGCUGGUGCGUGGAUGAAACUGGAUUCGAAAUAGCCGGCACCAGAGCACCGGCUGCCAGUUUGGUUAAUUGUACAGCACCUAAACCGUGCGCAGACGCGACUUGUCGCAUGUUCUGCCCCCACGGGUUCGCUUUAACCAAAGACGGUUGUCCCACGUGUAGAUGCAGGGACCCCUGUGACGACAUCAAGUGUCCCAACGCCCUCGAGUGUCAUUUAGAGGAGUUGGCUUGUGCGGACCCUCCCUGUCCCCCCGUGCCCACUUGUAAAAGAGGACGUAGCUUGGACAACAUUUGCCCCGUGGGAGACCCCUUAAGGAUCAGCGACACCGUCAGACCCUUUUUAUGCGGCACAGAUCCGGGCAAACCCACUUGCCCGCCGAUGUAUCAGUGUUUAGUGCAAAAAGGGAACGACUACGGGGUGUGCUGUCCCGCCUCCUUAAAGAUCCAGAAAACCGGUCAGUGUCCCAUUAAAGUGGAAAACAAGGAGUUGGAAUGCGGGAAUUCGUGCGGCCACGACCUGGAGUGUCCUUCCGUGCAAAAAUGUUGCCAGACUGAUCAGUGUGGGUCCAGUUGUAUGCAUCCGAAGAAUUUUACAGAAUGUUACCAUCAAAAAGCGUUAUCGGAAGUGUUGGCGGUAAGCGAACGUGCCGGCAGAGGUUAUGUUCCGCAAUGUACCAAAGACGGCCAAUUUGAGCCGAAACAGUGCAGCAGAAACGGUUUGGUCUGCUGGUGUGUGGACCGGAUGGGCAGGAAAUUGAAAGGAUCCAUGGGACCUGCGGAUAUCGUCGACAAUUGUACCCUCACUGAAGGUCGUUCCUUGGAGAUGGCUCGCAGCCUGGAUAAAAACGGGAACGAGUGCGAGCGUCUGGAAUGCGCGGCCGUCUGCGAAUACGGAUUCAAACUGGGCGAGGACGGAUGCCACACGUGCAAAUGCGACGAUCCGUGCGACGGGUACACGUGCCCCGAGGACGAGGAGUGCGUCAACGUCAAAGAGGCCACCUGCACCGACUUUUUGUGUCCCACCUUACCCGUUUGUCGUCCUAAGGCCGUUUAUGCGAACCCUUGCGAGCAAGGCACCCCACUGACCGACGACUUAAGUGGCGCUCCAGUGGCGUGCGCUUUAAGAUCAGAAGAUGGUACCCUUUGCCCGAGUUCCUACGAAUGUACCGCCGUCCCUGGAUCGACUCAAGCCGUCUGUUGUCCGGUGGAAAACCUGGACGAGAUGGAUCAGCUCGACGGGGAGGCUUCCGAGGACUAUAAUCAAGCAGAACAAAGACCCCAAACAAUGUGUGAAUACCUAAGAGAAUUCUCGGAAAGUAUGGAGGGUACAAGGGAAGGAAUGGCACUGGCUCUGCCCACCCCCGAAUGUGACCUCGCUGGUAACUAUCUGAGUACCCAAUGUGACCCAAAAAGUGAGGAGUGUUGGUGCGUGGAUAAUUACGGAACGGAAAUUCCUAGAUCCAGGACCGGGGAUAAUUCAACGGACUGCGACGAACUGAGGAAAUCUUUGGAUUGUCUGGAUCUCACUUGCAGAAUGGGUUGCGAAUAUGGAUUCGUAUUAUCGAAGGAGACCAGUUGCCCCACCUGCCAGUGCAGGGACCCGUGCAGUGGCGUAACGUGCAACGAAGACGAACAAUGUCAACUGGUCGAAGUCAGCUGCAAAGAUCACUAUUGUCCUCCCGUACCUGCAUGUCUUCCAAAAAAAGUGGGCCAAUGUCCAUAUUUGGUCCCAGCGGCGUCUCCGACCUGCGACUUCGAAUGCAACUCAGAUUUAGCCUGUAAUGGUACCAUGAGGUGCUGCUCCAACGGUUGUGGUACCCAGUGUAUCGAGCCAUUACUCUACACAGCUUGUCAGCAUCAACGAACUUUGGCUCAGCACCAGGCACAUGAAUCAGGAAUGCCCGCUGGCAAAGUGUAUAUUCCUACCUGUACGGAAGAUGGAAGUUACAGUAAGAAACAGUGCCAUCCAGGCACUAAAGAAUGCUGGUGCGUAGACGACCACGGUUUCGAAAUCUCCCAAACCCGAAGCCGUUUCAACAACUUGACCUGCGACCCUGCACCAGAAUCCGACAAGUGCCCGCAGGUAGACUGCGCGGACGAAUGCGAACACGGUUUCAUAAUGGACCGGGAGGGCUGUAGAACCUGCGAAUGUGUAGACCCGUGCACGCGAAUUUCGUGCAGGGGCGAGGGGGAAACCUGUAGACUGGUCGCGGUAGAGUGUGUCUCGUGGCCCUGUCCCUCGGUGCCCAUGUGUCUACCGAAGAAGGAGAAUCCCUGUCAAAAUGGCGAACCGUUGAAAAUGGGCGAGGAAUCGUUCAGUUGCGGACCGGAGGCGGAAACUUGUCCCUCUUCGCAUAAAUGUCAGCUCAGUCCGGUCGGUGAAUAUGCCGUGUGCUGUCCAAAACCACGAGAUGUUUGCUUCGAACAGUUGGACACAGGCAGAUGCCAAGAUCCAAGUGACACGAGGAACCUGACCAGGUACUUCUUUAAUUCGAAAAGUAACCGGUGCGAGAUGUUUAUCUACGCGGGAUGUCAAGGAAAUCACAAUAAUUUUCAUACGGAGUCGAUGUGUAAUACCGUAUGUCCCGUUUUGAGUCAGUGCGAGCGUCUACGCGAAAAGAACCAACGGCAGUCGGAACGUUACAAAAAAGCGACUUUCGCCCCGCGGUGCGACCCCCAAACGGGCAAUUGGCAGCCGGUGCAGUGUUUGGAGCACGUGGGGGUGUGUUGGUGUGUAUCCCCCCAGGGGGAACCCGUCAAGGGUACAUUGACCAGGGGCGCGGAACCAGAGUGUAACUUUAGACAGGCGAGGAACCGAGCGAGCGAUAGGAUGGACGUGGAGGUUGAUGCUAGCGAUUUAGUCCUGGAAGAGCUCAUGAUGCAACUGGGCACCCUAGAUGAGGAAUACUCGGAACCGGAAGCAGAGGACCGAUUCGACACUGACGAGGACAUAAUCGAGUUACCGUCGAUGACGAGAUGCGAAGCCUUAGGAGGUCAGUGCGACGAAGAAGGGAAAUUCUUGGCGAGACAGUGCGAGGAGGACACCUGCUGGUGUGUGGACGAGGCUGGAAAUCAGUUGGUUGCGACGAGUACUUUUGUUAAAGGGCAGCAGAUAUGCAGUGUGGUGCCAAUAGAAAGUGCCGAGGUAACUUUGGGCUUUCGUGGGGAAUACGAUGACGUCACGGCCGCUCCGGUAGUCAACCAGAUCACGAAAAUCGUCAACAGUUUAAACGGGAACGUGAACGACCUGGGAAUCCAUACGGAAAUAACAGGAGACGCUCUAUAUAUCAAAUUCUCUCUGAUAGGGAGCAAUAAGGUGGACGUGGCUUAUAAACUGGAACAAAUGGUGAUGCAACAAAGACUCCCGAACCUCAUAGCGGACAUCACCAGAUCCCGUGUGAUUCACAGACCGUUCAAACAAGAAGAGUCACUGCAAACGAUCGGGUUGCAGCAGAGGGAAAUCGUAUCGCAGGCCCCCGUGUCCGUUGUCGCCCCAUAUCACACCGCCCUCAUCGUGAUUGCGGCCGCCUCCGCUUUUGUGAUAAGUGUCCUCACUGUGUUGGUGAUUUUGUAUAGACGGAAGAUGCACAGCAUAAACCAGCAAAAAAUAAUCGAAGACAACCGAUUCGUGACGAACAGUAGACCCAUCUACAUCGAAUUACCCAACGAGAAGUACCACACAACCACAGAGUCUACAGCGAAAAAACAAUGACUGGGACUGGAAGUAGAUAACUGUACAUCUAACAUCAGUACAGUGUUGCCAUUCGAUUAAGUUUUUAGUAUAUAUAUUCUCUAUAUACUCAUAUUGUGAUUAUAAUAUGUAAUUAUAAUAUAAUGUUUAAUGUAGUUUAAGGGUCAUUUUCAUGAAACAUUUCAACUUGUAAAUAAUAUUUAUUAAAAUCUCCUUUGACGUCCAGUAUAAUAAUAAAUUUAAGUACCUUAAUUGUAUAAAGACAUCGUUUUUGUGUAUAAAUGUAUUGGUAAGCCUAUAGUAAUUUAUAAAAAUAAAAUUUAAUAAAGUAAGA